UAUUCGUCACUCCACGUACGUAAUGACGAGAAAAAGAUAAUAAAGACUUAUGCUGCAUACUAUAGACUAAGUUCAAGUAAUAAAACUUCGAGUGAAUGCACUGCGGAUGCUGAAAUGACUAACAUGGAAGGACUGUUAUUACCAAGAGGCAAAGAUCAACUAGAUCAAAGAAAAGGGCCAUGGCGGUCGUUCUUCCAAGAAGUGAAGAGGUUGAGUUGCAUAGCAGGACCUAUGGUUGCCGUGAAUCUAUCCCAGUUCUUGUUGCAGAUCGUUUCGAUGAUGAUGGUUGGUCACCUCGGUGACCUAGCUCUCUCUAGCACCGCCAUAGCCAUCUCGCUAGCUAACGUCACUGGCUUUAGUCUUUUUUCAGGACUGGCUAGUGCGCUGGAAACUUUAUGUGGACAAGCUUAUGGAGCUGAACAAUAUCAGAAACAUGGACUUCAAACUUACACUGCUAUAUUUUCUCUGAACCUAGUCUGUCUUCUUAUAUCUUUCAUAUGGUUUUAUACGGAGGACUUGCUGAUUUUCAUGGGUCAAGAUCCUUCAAUUUCUCGUCAAGCUGGCAAAUUCAUAGUAUUGCUUAUUCCGGCUCUAUUUGCUUGUGCAACUCUUCAACCACUCAUUAGAUACUUUCAGACACAAAGUUUGAUACUUCCAAUGCUUCUGAGCUCUUGUGUGACACUUAUGUUCCAUAUUCCUCUCUGUUGGGUCCUAGUGUUCAAGUCUGGACUGGAUAACCUUGGAGGAGCAUUAGCGAUGAGCAUUUCCUACUGGUUGUAUGCGAUUCUAUUGGGAUUAUACAUGAAGUUUUCUUCUGCAUGUUCAAAAACCAGAGCUCCAAUUUCUAAGGAGGUGUUCCAAGGAAUUGGAGAGUUCUUUCGCUUUGCCAUCCCUUCUGCAGUAAUGUUAUGUCUUGAGUGGUGGUCAUUUGAGCUGCUUAUCUUGCUGUCUGGACUUUUACCAAAUCCUACUCUUGAAACUUCAGUGUUGUCUGUAUGUCUCCAGACAAUUGUGACACUCUAUUCAAUACCGAAUGGAAUUGGUGCGGCAGCAAGUACUAGAGUUUCAAAUGAACUAGGAGCUGGUAACCCGGAAGGUGCUCGUAUAGCUACUUGCGCUGCCAUGUUUCUUGCAGUCGCAGAGACGAGUACAGUAGCCAUAACCCUCUUUUGCUGCCGCCAAGUAUUUGGUUACCUAUUUACCAAUGAGGAAGAAGUAAUUGAUUAUGUCAGAAUUAUGGCUCCUCUACUUUGCCUAUCUGUUAUACUAGACAGCUUGCAAGGGGUCCUUUCAGGUAUAUCUAGAGGAUGUGGGUGGCAGCAUAUAGGGGCUUACAUAAAUCUUGGGGCAUAUUAUUUAUGUGGGAUUCCAGUUGCUGCUACAUUGGCUUUCUUGGUACUACUAAGAGGAAGGGGGCUUUGGAUAGGAAUACAAGUCGGUGCUUUUGUGCAAACCACUCUGCUAGCUUUUGUGACAUGUUGUACAAACUGGGAAAUGCAGGCAAGUAAGGCAAGGGAGCGAAUAUUUGAUGGAAGCUCUCCAGUUGAUAAUGGAUUGUGCCACUAAGCAGAGUUCAAUGAGUUUCUCAUGGGUUUAAUGCUUUUUAAUGUGGUAUGAAGGAGCUAGAAGUACUCAAAUGCAACAUAACAUGGCACAUUUGAGUCUAAACCUUAGACAUGACGUAUCAUGCAAGGAACGCAAUGGAGAGUAUAUAUGAGGGAAGCUCUCUUGAAGCUAAUGGAUUGUCGCAGAGAUUUAUGUAUCUUUGAUGAGUUCAGUUCUCUUUAUUUAUUAA